CGCCCAUCGUCGCGCGUCCAGAAGGAUGGCCCCCUUGCGCGAAGGGGCGGCAGGACAGCUCCGCUCUGCUGGCGUUCGGGCACGGAGGGCUGCUGCACGCUGCCUGCGAGCACCUGCGAGCAAGGCUGGACGAGUGCAGCGAGCAGAACAUCUCCAACGUCGUGUACUCCCUGGGGCUACUGGGGUUCCGGCAUCGGAACCUCCUUCAGGCGGUGUGCACGCACGCACCGCCGAGGCUGCCGCGCUUCUCCGCCCAGGAGGUGGCCAACCUGCUGCACGCGCUCGGCGCUCUGCAGUUCAGGCAGCCCGCGUUCCUGGGCGCCGCUUGCGACCACGUUGCCCUCCGACUGCCGCAGUUCAACGAGCAGGACGAUGUGUCGAACUCCUUUCUGGCCCUCGCGCGCCGGGGCCCGCGGACUCCCACGGACCCCUCCUGCGCGCCGUCUGCGCGCGCGGGCGCGGAGGGGCCGCCGAAUUCUCGCUGGGCGGGCUCCUGAGCAUGGCCUGCGCCCUCGCCGCCCUGAGCUGCGGCAGCCGCCGGCUGGCGCGGGCGGCGCACGGGCUCGCCCCCCCUCGGAAGCUGGGAGCUGCACAUGGGGGGAGCGCGGCGGUGCAGCUUCUGGCUUCCGACCCUCCCCCGCCCCCGCCCUCCCCCGCCCCUGUGCGGCAGCAAGCCGCGGCGGCUGGCGAGCCCGGGCCGCUCGGCGCCCUCUCGCCCUUCGCGCCCGGCGGCCUGCAAGUGGGCCGGAGAGACGCCCUGCGGCUGGCGUGGGCCGCUGCGCGAGGCAGAAAUCAAGCAGAGGGGGCCCGGCUCCGUCGCACCACCACCACCCGCCCGCCCACGAUGGCGGCCACCGCCUUCGCCCUCGGCGCCCCCGGGGCUGCCGCGCCGGCCGGCCCGGCGCCGUGGCCGCAGCCCGCCGCGCCCGCCGCGCCCGCCGCGCGCGCCGCCCCCGGGCGCGCCUCGGCGGCCAGCGGGCGCGCGGCGGCGCUGCCGGCCGGGCUGGCGCUCGGCGCCGCGGCGUGCCUGGCGGCGGCGCGGACCCCCGCGCAGAGCAGCGCCCCGGCCGGCGCCUUCCCGAAGCUGCCGGAGGAUGUGCACCCCGGCGUGGUGACCGGCAAGGCCAUGGAGAGCCUGCUCAGCUGGGCCAAGGAGGCCAAGUUCGCCAUACCGGCGGUGAAUUGCGUCUCCUCGUCCAGCAUCAACGCGUGCCUCGAGGCCGCGCGCGAGGCCGACGCGCCGAUCAUGAUCCAGUUCUCCUCCGGCGGGUCCCAGUUCUACGCCGGCAAGGCCCUGGACAACGCCGACUUCCAUGCCUGCGUUGCUGGCGCGGUCGCCGGCGCGUACCACGUUCGCGCCAUGGCCGAGCUCUACGGCGUGCCCGUCAUCCUCCACACGGACCACUGUUCCAAGGCCCUGCUGCCGUGGAUGGACGGGAUGCUGGAGGCCGACGAGCGGUACUUCAAGUCUCAUGGCGAGCCGCUGUUUUCGAGCCACAUGCUGGAUUUGUCUGAGGAGCCCCUGGAGGAGAACAUCGAGAUCUCGAAGAGGUACCUCGAGCGAAUGGCGAAGAUCGACUGCGGCCUCGAGAUGGAGCUGGGCAUUACUGGUGGCGAGGAGGAUGGUGUUGACAACGAGGAUGCGAACCCGGAGGACCUCUACUCCAAGCCAGAGGAGAUUUGGCAGGUCUACGAGUCUUUGUCCCAGGUGCCCAACGGUUCCUUCACGGUCGCCGCCGCUUUCGGCAACGUGCACGGCGUCUAUUCCCCCGGCAACGUGAAGCUCGACCCAGAGAUCCUUGGGAACGCACAGGAGUACAUCUCGAAGAAGAUGGAUGGCAAGGUCGGCGACAAGCCUGUCAAGUUUGUGUUCCAUGGUGGCUCUGGCUCGGAUCUGACGGACAUCCGCCAGGCCAUCGAGUACGGUGUGAUAAAGAUGAACAUCGACACGGACACGCAGUGGGCCUAUUGGAAUGGCGUGCGCGAGUUCGAGGCCAAGUACCGGCCCUACCUCCAGUCGCAGAUCGGCAGCCCAGACGGCGCCGAUAAGCCGAACAAGAAGUACUACGACCCGCGCGCGUGCAUGCGUGCUGCCGAGGAGGCCACGGUCCAGCGGUUGAAGCAGUGCUUCGAGGAUCUCAGGUCCACCGGCGUGCUCGGCCUCGGCAGGCCGCUGCCCCCCAGCAACGUGGCCGGCCCGCGCCGUGGCGGCCUCCCGGCAGGCGCGAGCGUGGGUCGCAGCCUCGGCGCAAUCGAUUCGAUGUCGGCGCCCACGCGGCUGAGACUGCUCUGGGUCUCGGUCGCGGCCGCUGUGGCGGCUCCCGUCGCGCCGGAUGCGACUCCCACCAGUGAGGCCGAGGAGUGCACCUUCUUUGCUGGCACCACUGGCGAGGACAGCAACCCUUUCGAGUUCUUCCACGUCUACGGCAACGGCUCGAGGGUCCAGGUGCCCCCGCAGGGCGGGCCCGGCGCCUGCCUCUUCCCGGGCACCACGUGCGACGAGCACGACUGCCGCUGCACCGCCUCUGCGUGGGCCGCGGGGCUGUACAGCAGGGCGAGCGUCCUGAACCAGGUCUGCGGAGGCGCGGUCAUGGUCGUCUUCAUCGCCGCGGUCAGGCGGUCGAGGAGGAGGCGCCGCCAGCCCGAUGCCCAGGAGGCCCCGAAGCGCGGCGGCGGCGGGCGCGAGGCGCUCCUCGGGCAGCUCUGCAUCUACCUGGGGAUCGGCGCGAGCGUCUUCUGCCAGGUCUACAUCGCGGAGAGCACGCAGCUGGCCCUGAGCGUCACGGAGCGGAACUCGAUGCUGGCCGCCGACGCCAUCCUCACGCCGAUCCGCGAGGUCUUCCAGUUCCUGGAGGACUCGGUCUCCGUGAAGGUCGGCAGCCUGGUGGGCCUGGCCCUGGCCGGGCGGGGCAGCACCGAGGCCGUGAGCACGGUCCUCUCGCUGGGCCUCGCAGGGGGCCUCGUCACCGGCGGGUGCGCCGCCACGCUCGCGAGCCUGCUCACCCUCUGGCCCGCGGCCAUCUCCGCCCUGCUGGCUCCCGGGGCGCGCUCGCACAGCGCGUCCGUGCCGGGGUGCAGCCUGCUGCCCGACGCCGGGAGCAUCGUGGAGAGCGCCCGCGGCUUCUGGCUGCUGUCCGUCUGGACGUGGCCCUGCGUGUUCAUGAUGCUGAUCCUGACCGGCUUCAUGCUCGCCGUCGGGGAGUUGGUCUGCUUCGGCCUGGCCACGACGGUCAUGGCCGCCGUGUACCUGCUCGCGUGGAGCCUGCUGUCCCCGCCGAGCCUGCUCACGCUCGGGGGCGCAGGCAUGCUGGCCAACGCGUCGGGGCUCGUGGUGUAUCUGGCGCACCUCGCCACGAGCAGGCGGCUGCGCGAGAAGUGGGGCUUCAGGUUCAGGCUCAGCGUGGGGGCUCUACUGACCGCCGGCAAGCACGACGACGCGUCGAGCUCCAAGCGGGUACUUCUGAAAGAGGGGUUCCAGUGCAUGUUGGUCGACCUCUGCGGCCAGCUCAGCAUCACAGCCGGCGUCUACGUCGCGGGCUUCAUGGGGACAGCUGAGAUGUACCAGGUCAGCGCCAUGCAGGCUGCCAUGCCAGGUUUUGCAACCGCUUAUGCGACCGGCGUGGCGUAUGUCCUCAAGCUCGCCGGCGCCAUGAUCUUGGGCUCUGGAGACGUCGCUGCAUUCCGGAGGCUCUGUGGGCAGGCGGCGGCCGCAGCGCUCGCGUUGGUGACGCUUCCAAUACUUGUGGUGUUCAUGUGGGCCGACUCGUACGCACUGGCAUUUCAUUUCGGAGAGCAGGCCUGCGUUUUCGCGACGGCCCUGGAAUGCUCCCCGAUCUACGAGGGUAUGUUCGGCACUAGAAACCUGAGCGGCACGUUGCAGAGGUCGUUCACGGCGUUCGCCUUCGCCGCCUCCUCCAAGUGCCUGUACAUGCUCGCCAAGGCUGCACUGUACUCGUGCCUGGACUUCAGUUUCAUGGCACAGGCAAGUGUGGUGGUGCUUGUGGUAGUAUUCGCGCCAGCCAUGUGUGUGGCCCGCCUCUACUUCGACAGCGUGUUGGCCGUCUACGUCGCCAUGUACCUGCCCACGCUCGUGAUGGCCGUGGUGUUCGCCGCAAGGCUCGCCGUGAACACGCAAAGGAUGGCCGACGGCAAAGCUGGCGAGAGCCGCCAGCAGUCGGCCCACGAGUGGGUCGUGCCGCCGGCCCUGAGCUCCUCGGCCAAGCCGUACGGGACAGGUUCCAACUGGUCCAUCUUCGGCUCCACGGAGACGGUGAAGGCCUCUGCGCACGAGCGGGCGGCGCCGCGGCGGAAGGCGCCGUCGACGCGCGCCAGCUCGCGCGGGGAGUGCUCGACUGAGCUCUCGAGGGACUCCUCGACGCAGGCCCUGCUCGGCAGGCUGGCGGACAGGGAGGCGUUCAUGAGCAUGGCCCUCGACAGGGAGCUCAUGCUCAACCGGCGCGACGUGGUGGCCGAGAAGAGGAGACGCAGGGCGCGCGAGGCCCGGCAGGACAAGUUCUGUUCCAGACCGACGUCGAGAGAUACGCACGCCCACGUGCACCACCAUGUGCACUACGGCGCCGGGGACGUCCCGCCCGAGUCGUCGCUGCCCUCCCUGGGCGACGGCUUGUCAG